AUGUUGCCCAGAAAUCAGACGGGCAGCCAAAUUUUGGCAGAACUAGGCGCUAUCUCAACCGAUAAGCCAACGAUGAAAGAAGCAAUUCCAACAACUGAAGAUGAAAACGAAAGUGACGAGGGCAAAGGCGAAAUUCCCAACUGCAAAUUCUCGGCCUGUGGAGAUCCCAUGCAUAACCUAACAGCAUGUGAAGGUAUUGCCACCCCAGCCCUGAUACAGGUCACGACGCCUAAGGCAACUGCUCGGAAGAUUGUCGGCAAAAGACAUUUACAACAACAGGACCUCAGCUGCACCGAUAUGGAGGGAACAAAGCUGGACCUCUAUUGUGUUCGAACUGAAAACGUUAAUGUGGAUUUACUUCAGUAUCAGCGUCCAAUUUCCACAUCAACUUCUCCACAAGAUCGUGCUCUCCACUGUACCACCUCUAGCAUGGGCCAUAUUUUCACCUGUCUGCCAACUCGACAACGUCCACUGCGAUAUCCCGGCAAAGAAAGCAGUUCUGAUAUAGAUAUGUACAUAUUAUUCUCGUGUUUCAUCUCGUCGUUCUCAUUUCUCCUGCUGGCCGGAAUGGGUUUGCUGCGAUACGCAGCUUUUUUCGGCGUUUCUGCCCUAUUGAUUCGGUAUGGUUUGUAUAUGCUUUACACGAAACAUCCCAUUCAUGUCGAUGGAGAAAUUGACAGCAAGUUUGAUGGUGUUCAAAAAGCUUUUGAGCAAAAUUUUGAAGAUGGAUGGGAAGCAGAAGGUGCUUCAUUGGCAGUGUUUGUGAAAGGACGAAAAGUUGUUGAUUUAUGGGGUGGGUACGCCGAUGUACAGGCUGCUAGGAUAUGGAGAAAGGAUACCAUGAGUGUUGUAUUCUCUACCACAAAAGCAGUAGCGGCCCUUUGCAUAGCGCUUUUAGCAGAUCGUGGAAGACUAAAAUACGGCGAUCUUGUUUCCAAGCAUUGGCCGGGAUUUGCUAAAAAUGGAAAGGGAAACAUUACCAUCGAGUGGGUGAUGUCCCAUAUGGCAGGGCUUCACUACUUUGACACACCAGUCACGGAAGAAAUGGCAAGGGAUCAUAACCUGAUGCGAAAAAUAAUCGAGGACGAGGUUCCCAAGAUUCCUCCAGGAACCGCCAGCGGAUACCACACGUACACUUAUGGUUGGCUAGUGGAUCAAAUCAUAAGGCAUACGGAUGAGAAGAAACGUGGAAUUGGACAGUUCCUAAGGGAGGAGAUCACUCAACCCAACGGCAUUGACUUCCACAUUGGCUUAAAUCUAUCCGAAGAAUACCGUAUGGCUCGAGUAACCCCGCUUCCUGUUAUGGAAGUAAUAAGAGAAAUAAUAAGGAAUCCCCCGGUUGGCAUCAUUAUAUACAACAUUAUGACAGCUAACAAGAAUAGCCCGUUUGCGCGCUCUAUCGCAAACCCGUCGUGGUCGGAUAUGGUCACGAAAUGUACCAUAAAUAACCCCGAGCACCAUACCCUAGAACAAGCAGCAGCGUUUGGCAUCGGAAACGCACGAUCUUUAGCACAGAUUUUCAACUUGUUUGUCAACGGGCGCAUCGUCAGUGAAAAGACUCUCAAGUUCUUAGAAAAGCCGGUAAUCAACGAGACGGACUAUGUGACACAAGCGCCAAUGGUCAAAGGACAUGGUUUCUUCUAUCGUCCACCAAUUGGAGGAAAUCUGCCAAUAAUAGGACAUGACGGUCACGGAUGUCAACAAUUGACCAUUGACUUGGAGAGAAAAGCCGUCAUAGCUUACGUCACCAAUGGGGUGAAGAUGGGAAUGUAUGACACCUGCAGAACUUAUGUUCGUCUACAUAACGCUGUGUACGACGUUAUUAAGCAUUCAUGAUCACGUUCAAGUCUAUCGUCCAUUUUUGCUCGGGUAUUUUAGCUUGAAAAUAGGGCUAAAAGCCUUUUUUUGUUGAGAGUUGCCAAGUCCCUUGAAUCGAAAGAACCAAGAAGCAAAGAUCUUUAGUGUGAAUUUUCUCUCCUGUAAGCACUUUGUGACUACGUUUUUGGAGUUAUGCAGCCCGUUGUAUCUGAAUGUUAGCAGCAUUCGGAAGCACGCCUCAGAAAGAAUUUUUUGGAAAUCUUUGCUGAGUGCUGUGUUUUGGAGGUAGAGCUCAUAGGGAUUGAUCUGCGACACUUUGCAAACAUUCCGUAUAGUUUUGUUUUCUCUGGCUAAAUGUGUUUUUUAUUCAAAGAAAUUCUUUGUGUUUAUUUUGGAUUUGCAAAUUGCAACAGUUUAGAGCAAGAAAGUUCUAAAAGUGACUCAGUAUUUGAUAG